AGAGCCGGAACUCGUGAAAUCCUCUCUGAUUAGGGUUUCGAAAAAAACACACACACACCAUCGUUGCUGCUUGUUGGCGAUCUUAUCAUCAUCAAUUCAUCCAAAAGGUAUAUGAAUUCAAUCCUGUUUUGAUUGCAAAUUGUCUGUUAAUUUCAAUUUCUAGGGUUUGCUCUUUGUCCUCGUGAUGAUGGACGGUGAUUUAGAUAUAGGAGGUGAUAGUACGAACCCUAGCGUAGAAUCAGAACCUGUUCGUGAUGAUAUUAGCUCAGAAAAUAGGUUAGGUUCUGCAUCGGUACAUGUAAUUGGUGUUUCUGAUAGUUCUACAGCUGUGGAAGGUGUUGGUAGGCCUGUUAGUAUAGAUAGUGUAUCGCCCGGAGAUGUAAAUAAGUCGAACGAUGAGGCGUCUAGUGAUAGGAGUCAUGGUAGUGUAAAGGUUGUGAAAAGUGAGAAGAAGAAGAAGAAGGUGCAAAAGAGAAAAGAGUCGAAAUUGAAAGAGUCAACAUCGCCUGUGUAUGAUUCUAUGAUAUCGGAGUUUGAUGAGUUUGCUGGGAAUGGGAGUGUGGGUAGUGAAGAUAGAUCGCCGAUGGAGGGAUCGGCUGGUCAUGGAUUUGAAGUAGGGGAUAUGGUUUGGGGGAAAGUGAAGUCUCACCCUUGGUGGCCUGGUCAUAUUUUUAGUGAAAAGUUUGCGACUCCGUCGGUGCGGAGGUCGAAGAGGGAUGGUCUUUUGUUGGUUGCCUUUUUUGGGGAUAGUAGUUAUGGGUGGUUUGAUCCUUCGGAGCUUAUACCGUUUGAUUCCAAUUAUGCGGAGAAGUCUCGCCAGACGAAUUCUAAAACUUUUGUUAAGGCUGUGGAGGAGGCAAUGGAUGAGGUGAGCAGGAGGAGUGCGCUCGGCCUGUCGUGUAUGUGUAGGAGUAAGCAGAAUUUUAGGCCGAUUGAUGUUCCAGGGUAUUUUGCUGUUGAUGUGGCUGAUUAUGAGCCUGGAGCUGUAUACUCAGUUGAUGCAAUUGGGAAAGCAAGGGAGAGUUUCCAGCCCAGUUCGGCUCUUGAUUUUGUAAGGCGGUUGGCUUUGGAACCUGCCGGCAGUGCAUAUGGUGGUGUUGAUUUUAUAAAGAAUAAGGCUAAGGUCAUUUCUUACAGAAGGGCAGUUUAUGAGGAAUUUGACGAGACCUAUGCACAGGCGUUUGGUUAUGAUUCUGUCCGCCCAUCAUCUGGAUCUGUUCAAGAACAGGAUACGCGGAAAACGCCAUCUAAAGCCCCGUUGAGCGGGCGUCAGGUAUUUGCUGACACUUCAGGCAAGGGAAAGAGUUCUGCAAAGCCUAAUAAGCCCAAAGACAGUGCGAAGAAAGAAAAGUAUCUUUUUAAACGGAGAGACGAGCCUAAAGAGGUAAAACCACACCAAAAAAAGGAGAAAAACAAAGUAACAUCCUCUUCCCAGCUUGCUCAUAUUGAGGAUGACGUGGCGGUUUCUGCUGGUGACUAUGUGUUGCAAAAGAGGGUCUCAACAACACCACAUGAUGAAACACCACAUUCAAAAGAGGGUAUGGAUGACAAGCCUGUUGUCGUUGAAUUUGGAGACACCAUCAAAAGCAAGGUGGUUGAUGAUAACGAUGACAAGAUGAUUGUGUCACAAACGGAGGACAAAAAGACAAGUUCCGAUUCGGUAGUUGACAGUGACAAACGGAAUGAAAUCCCGAAUUCUGGACCCCACAAAACCAUUGCUUCUGAUCACGCAGAUAACAACGGGCCAAAAAAGGUGAAGAAGAUUGCCAAACGUCCUAUCGGAGAGAUGGGCUCUAGUGAGAAGAAAAAGAAGAUAAAGAAAGAACAGUUGAUAUCCGAUGGUACAAGCAAGGUUUCUUUGGCGGGUCCACGUGGACCCGGUGAUGAUAAGCCCAUCACUUCACAUACUUCUGGGACAAAAGACGCGAAUAAUGAAACCGAGCUUGUUCCAGUGCUCGGUGAUUUGCUUUCACUUGCACUAGAUCCUUUCCAUGCUAUGAACAGAGGAAGGCUUAUUAAAACAAGGCAGGUUUUCAUAAAAUUCAGGUCCCUCGUGUUUCAGAAGAGCUUAAACUUGUCCUCAGCAGCCGAGGAUGAUGAGGGAAACGCCACCCAUUCUAGUAAAUCUUCCGAGAAUGCAACAAGAGUGACAUCCGUCAUUUCAUCAGGGAGACCCGAUGAUCCCACUAAAGGUGGGCAGAAACGAGGCCCAUCUGAUCGCCUGGAAGAAAUGGCUGCCAGAAAGAAGAAGAAAGUUGGUGAAAUUAGAAAUUUAACCAAGGAGAAAAAGGCGAUUAAGAAGAUAGAUGAAUCACCCACACCAAUUGUUAAGCAGCCGGUUGUUAAGACAUUGAAGAAAUCGGGACCUGUGGUUAUCAAGAAAACAGAGCAGCGGGCCCCACCUGAUCCGACCAUGCUAAUGAUGAAGUUCCCGCAAGGAGGAUCUCUACCGUCUAUUAGUGAACUUAAGGCAAGGUUCGCGCGUUUUGGACCAAUGGAUCAUUCGGCUACUCGGAUAUACUGGAACACAUUUGCGUGUCGGGUGGUUUACAAGCACAAGGCUCAUGCGCAGGCGGCAUAUAAAUUUGUCGAUGGACUUGGUAGUCUGUUUGGAAACACGGGUAUAAAGUGCACCCUCAAGGAAGUUGGAGGCGAUCUUGAACAACCACCUGUUAAAGCCCCGAAAGACGACCACACGGAGGACAGACCGCCACCGUCUAUGGUUCCAGCCCCAUCAUCAGGUGUUCAGCUGAAGUCGAUUUUGAAGAAAUCCACCGGUGAAGAGGCAGCAGGUAAUGGCGGCAGGGGGCGGGUAAAGUUUAUGUUGGGUGGGGAAGAGAAUGAAAUGAAGAACAAGAAUGGUGCAUCUUCUUUUUCUAAAUCUCAUUCAACAAUGGAUGUUAAUAGUAAGAAUUUUCAAAGGGCUGUUCUUCAGUCUUCUAAUCCAUUGCCUCUUCUCCCUCUUCCUACUUCUACUUCUGUUAUAAGUUCAACCACUCAAUUCACUAGACCACUACAACCACCACAAGCACCAAAUUCUAUGCACUAUGCCACACCGUUGGCACCACCACCGCCGCCACCGCCACGACUCCCGCCACCACCUUCAUUAACUUACGGCGGUGAAAUGGCUGCCAAAACGCCACCUCUGGCGACACCUAAACUGGACAUAUCACACCAAAUGUUAAGCCUUUUGACCAAGUGCAAUGAAGUGGUUACAAAUGUGACAAACAUGUUUGGCUACGUGCCUUACCGUCCUCUUUAAAACAAAAAUCAUCGAAUUUUAUAAAAAAAAGAUGAAAAGAUGCAAGCUCACAAGGGAAUAUACAACCAAAAGGGGAAAGAAAAAUCGAUGUGAUCGUUAGAUAUGUUUUUUUUUAGUUUGUAUUUUGGUGCCUCAUGUGGCCUUUUUUUAAUCGUAUUGUUGUUUUUGGAUGCUUUAUGUAUUGUGUUUGUACAACUUUUAAAGCUUUGCUAAUAAGCUUUGACUAUAUUUCCUUUAUUUUUA